CAAUCACAUGGACCGCAUGAGCGACUUCGAAUUUCGCAUCUACUUUUGAUUUUUUUUUUUUGAGUUGGGAUGAUAAGAGAGCUAUGGUUCCGUAAUGGCUUCCCAUAAGCUCGAUUCCAAUUUCAAUAUUGGCAGGCUCAGUGGGGGCCAAUGCCAUCGUCACAGUGAAAAUUCCAAAGCCCAACUUGUCCCUUUCGAGGAUUCAACCCCACCCUUGGGGGAACGCACGCUGGAGUCUCUACGUACAAUCAUUGCGAGCCCAGCUCGAUUCCGUUGAUUAUUUUCGUCCGGUUGUUGAGUACUGAUGACUUCUUGUGAGCUGUGAUUCCACCGAAACCUAGCUUCACAUCAAUCUCUAUAUUCUAAUUCUACUCUUCAACUGCAGAAUCAGUACAUAGAGCUCACCUUUCUGCUUAGCAUUUAUUUUUUGCCUUAGAUUCGUGGUUUGGAGCCCCUCAGAUGGUAAAGAUGCGAUUUUUGAAGGAUUUCAAAAAAGUCCAUUCCAUUUCCAGGUGAGAAUUUGUUCAAUUUGCCUCCGCUGAUUGAAUCUCAAGAUAGGUUUUUUAAGAGGUGUGCACGGUGACCCAUCUCGGUAUUCAUAGUCACUGAGCUUGUUGAUUUUGCUUUUGCUUAGCCAUUUUUGCUGAAUUAUGGGAUUUUCGUGAUUUUUGCAUAUCUGUUGAUAGUAUUGCUAGCAAAGACUUGAAUUUUUGGUGACAUACGGAGUAUAUAAUGAGUUCCGGUAUGAUGCCUGAUGGUUGUGGGUCAAGCUUCAUUCUGGCACUGCCUGAUGAUUUGUUUGCAGUAGUGACUAGAUCCCUCUCUCCAAGGGAUGUGUGCAAUCUAGCCCUUUGCUGCAAGAGCUUGCAUGAGCUAGUUGCCUCCGAAAAGAUAUGGCUAGCUCAAUGUGAGGCACUAGGGUUGAUUUCCUAUUGGGAGCUAAUUGAAUGGAGAAAGGGGAUUUGUUCUUUCAAGGCUCUAUGCCGUUUCCUUGUGGACGUAAAGCCAUUGCUUGGAAUUUGGGUUCAUCAAAAUCCUGAACUUGGAAAUGUGGUUUAUGUUAUGCCUGGCUUUCUUUCAGUCAUUGGUUGCAGGAUUAUUCCCCAAGAGCUUGGUCCUUUAGGCCUUGAAGAUGGUCCAAUUCUGUGGGCACCUGUUUUUGAAACUGUUUGUGAUUUUGAGGGUUCAUCUACAUUCUUUCUUCAUGGGCGGGAGAGAGGAAAUGACUAUGUUUAUCCUGGUUCUCUAAAGGCUGUUGACAGGACUUGCAAUGUUCUUCUGUUAGAGGUUGAGCCUCGGCAGCAGGGAAAUGGAGGCAAGUUGUUUCAUAGUAUGAGCCAUGCCCAUCUUUUAGAUAAGGAGUCAUCACGAAAGCUAUGUAGGUCAGAUACUAGCAUUUCAAAGUCACAAAGAAUGAAUGGGCAGAUUGCACCUGCUGUGCCUUUUAACCGGUUGGCAUUUGGUGAUAGGAGAAAGUUACUUGACACAGUCACUAGCCAGGUUCGUCUAGAAGUUCCAGAUGCAGCUAACCUGCUACUCUUUCCUCGUGUGACAAGUGAUGAGGUUCAACUGAGGCAGGAUAUAGCAGUCUUGUACGAAAGAAGAGUGCUGCUUAUUCAAAUGCAUAAGAUUGAUGGGUCUCUCACUGAUUGGAGGACUGGCCAAGAGUUCCCUCUGGUUUCUUCUCAUUUUGGUUUGAGUGAGAUCAGGCAGAAUCUUGAUCAAGGAAGUGGAUGCCAUACUUUUCGAGCUGGAGUUGAAAUUCAGACUCAGUGCACCAAGAGGAAGACCUUUGCUGGAUAUGUUAGAGAAAGUCUAAAACAGAUACUUGGGAAGUCAAAUUCUAUGAAUCGCAGCCAUAGUUUUCUUAAGAAGAAUUACUCUAGUAGCGGGAACAAGCAUGCACAACUUCAUGAGUUUCUUAGACCUGGUGAUAGCAUUGCACUGACUUUACAUGCUUCCACUAUGAAGUUAUCUUCUUAUAGGGCAUGGCCAAAUAUGCAUGACAGUAAAUUUGCUCUCUACAAGUUACCUGUGCAGACUGUUGCAGCUGGUCAGGAAUACGCUGGUUUAUGGGGAGGUACUUUUGGUUGGCCUCCUGGAAAACCCUCUGAGGACAAGCCAGGAAAAGCUCUAUUUCUUCUUUUGCUUUCUUAUGAAAAGUCACAGGGGAAAAAACUUAUUGCCACCAAGAUAUUAGAAGGUACCCAUUAUGUUCUACAUCCAAAUGGCUCUGCCAUGUUUAUGGUGAAUGUUGAUGAGCCAUCACCUGAUGAAUUCCCUUGGGAUAGUGAUGGAGAUUCCAACCCUGUUGAUGUAAAAAAUGCUUUUAUAGGGGAAGGUAUUGCCAAUGGGUAUGGUUUCAGGUAUCCUGGUUCAAAACCCGGUUCACUCUAUGUGAUCCAAGAUACAUUGUUAGCUUUUGUGUGGAAGGAGUCUAGAGCUGUAUUGACCUUGCAGAGGCUCAACCUGCAAGAGCUUUUGAAGAAAGGUGAACGAGUUGAUGCUCUACCUCCAAUUUCCAACUUUGCAUACCUAACUAGGUCCUACUCAAAUGUAUUUGCUGGCUUCUCCAAUGCCCCCAAUGCCCCAGCUUCACCAAGGUUGAACCCUUGAUAGGACGAAUAUGCUGGCUGCUACUGCUGUAGUAAGCCUUUUGUUUUAGACAUUGUGCUCUUUGUGCCUGGUUAGGAUUGGAUUUUGUUUUGAUGUAACCAUAUUCUUAGAGUAUUUUCCCUGGUCUUUCCCACUUCAACUUUUUUACAUGCCAUUUAUGAUAGCUUGAUGACUGGAAUAAAAAUUUGCCAUGGAAAAUGUAUAGCCUGAGAUUGCGUGUUUCUUACUGAAAGAAAACUAUGAUUAUGAUACUAAAUUGUUCUAAAA